GACUUCACCUGCGGGCGGCGGCUCGUGGCUUUCUUGGGAAAGAUCUCCCAAAAGUGGCCGUGCUGAAGGGGAAGGCGGCCAAAACCGUGGUGAACGUGGCCUGACAGAUCACAAGACCCAGUUUAUUUCAUGGAGAGGAAGCGAGUGUCUCUAGAGCGCGGCUGGAGGAUGCAACAGGGCGCGCUCCUCCCGCAGCGCACGGCGAGGAGCGCCCACUUCUGCUCCUGCCCUGCACGGCCCUUCCCUUCCCGGCUCUUCCCUUCCCUGUCCUGCCCUGCCCUGGGCGGGCUCGGGGCGGGCAGCUCGGCCCAGGGGACCCCAGGCUGUGCCUGAGGAUGGCGGCGGAGCGGGGAGCGGGGCUGCGCAUCUUCCGCGAUAUAUUAAGAAGAGCAGACAAGAACGAUGAUGGAAAGCUCUCCUUUGAUGAAUUCAAAGCUUACUUUGCUGACGGAGUUCUGAGUGGAGAAGAACUGCAUGAACUUUUUUGCACUGUUGAUACACACAAUACUGACAAUCUUGACACAGAAGAGCUCUGUGAUUAUUUUUCAAAGCACUUAGGAGAGUAUGAAAAUGUUCUAUGUGUCUUGGAAGACUUAAACAUAACCAUACUGAAGGCAAUGGACAAAACAAAGAAAGACUAUCAGGAAGCUUCCAAUUUGGAGCAGUUUGUGACUCGCUUUCUUUUGAGGGAGACACUGAACCAGCUGCAAUCCCUGCAGAGCUCCCUGGAGUGUGCCAUGGAGACCACGGAGCAGCAGAGCCGGCAGGAGAGAAAAGAUCCAGCAAAACCAGAAGUGCUCUCAGUUCAGUGGCCAGGCAAACGCUUAGCGCGAAGGCUUCAGAGGAACAACAGCCUGUCAUCAAAUAACCCUUAUUCUAGCAUAGGUUGGAUUGAAGAAGACAGCCAAUGGGUGAUCCAGAUAAACAGACUCCAGAAGCUAAUAGAUAGACUGGAAAAGAAGGACCUAAAGCUUGAGCCGCUUGAAGAGGAAGUUUUGGAUGAAAAUGCAAGAUCUCACAUAAUGAUUGUUCAGCACCAAAUGUCUGUGAUAGAAGAAAAAGUGGAGGAAUUCCGUCUUGCUCUGAGGCAGUACGUGGAAUCUGCUUCUGCUCAAGGUGGCUGCUUGCAUGUUUCCAUUCAGAAGCUUCCAAGUAAUUCCCACUUCAAUGUGUAUGAGUUCUGAAAUGCCUGGAAUAGCCACCUUCAAAGGAAUUACAGCAAGGCAUUCCAAAGAAGUAACGUGGAUUUCUUGGAAACCCCAGAGCUCAUCACAACAAUGUUAGUCCCUGCAUCAUGGUGGGUCCUCAAUAACAACUAGCAGUUGUGGUUCCAAGUAAUGUUAAUGUUGUACUGUCUUUCAUUACACUAACAUUCAUAUUGCAGUGUACAGAUGAAUUUAUGAUGUGAUAACAUUUUUCAUUAUGGAUUGAAUCUUUUCCACUUUAUCCACUCUAAAAUCUGGAAAACUGUGCAUUUAUUACCUUUCCUUCUUGUGACUAGUUUGGUGAAAUAAUGCAUUCUGAAAACUGAAAUAAGACAACUAUGAUAAACUAUUUCUGUGACAGUCCAAACUGUCACAGA